UACACUGUGAACUGAACGGCAAUAGGGAACGGACAACAAGAUGAAACUUAUAAUAACAUUGGCGUUGUUAGCUGUAAUUCACGCUCAUAUUAUUAAGCCAGCAUGUGACCUGAUCUCCAUUCAAGACAUCAUCUAUCAGAAGGAGGUGCUGAAAGAAAACGUAAACGACCCGUACCAGAUGGCCAUCGACUAUAACACAAAUACGCUCUUCUUCAGUCAUUCAAGAACUAAUCCAAAAAACAACGAAGAUGUAUUUGAGUCUGCAUAUUUGAAACUGGCGACUAACGAAUAUAACAUCAUCCCUGGCAUUAUAGGCGGAUUUGCCGCUGCUGUUGACAACAACAAGCACAAAGUAUAUCUCGGUGGAAGAAACGGCAUCUACGAGUACGAUUACGAAUCAAAAAAAGCAAUUAAUGUCAACCCCAAUGGAUACAGCGUUUGGCAAUUAUUUUUCAAGGACAAACUUUACUACACCGCCUAUCCACAAGAAAGAGUGUACACUUUUGAAGGUGGCAAAUCGCUAAUAGUGCCUGACCUGAAGCGAACUAUGGUACAGCUAGUAGCUCUCGAUAAUAACUACAAUAUGUAUUUCUCCAAUUCUUCUGGUCUAUUUUGCUUAACUAAAUCUGAUAAGAAAAUUGAUGCAUUGGGUGAAUAUACCAUUAAUAGUUUCACGGCAGACACAAAUGGUAAUAUACACUUCUCGACGCCUUCUGGUUUAUACAAAAUAGAUAAUAACCAGAAGGUUAAUAAACUAGUAGAUCUUGACGACGUUUUCGGAUUGGUUGUCGAUGGAAAAAAUAACUUCAUUUACGGGACCGGAGAUAAAAUUAUUAAAUUAUCACCGACCCAAAAUAAAUGUUUGUAGAAUAGCAAUAAUGAGUAAUAUAUAUAUUACCAUUUUAUUACG